ACCAAAAAGCGGGGUGCACCGAGUGUCGCGGGAGUUGCUUCUAGGUCCCUUGCUCCCGCGACAUGGCCUUCAACUUUGGGGCUCCCUCGGGCACCUCGGGCAGCGCUGCAGCCACCGCAGCUCCCACGGGAUUUGGUGGGCUUGAGACUGCCAACUCCACCGCCAGUGGGUUUAAUUUUGGGGGUUUCGGAUUAGCUGCUAACCCUGCAGUGAACUUUAAUAUUGGGAAUUUCGGUGUUCCUACUACCUCGGCGACUCCGUUCAGUUUUGGUAACAGUCUGGCAAGUGCAGGUGGGUUCGGAGGAUUUGGGACAACAUCUACAACAGCAGGUUCUGCGUUCACCUUUUCUGCUCCAACUAACACAGGCACUACUGGACUCUUCGGUGGUACUCAGAACAAAGGUUUUGGAUUUGGUACUGGUUUUGGCACAACUGGAACUAGUACUGGUUUGGGUACUGGUUUGGGAACUGGAUUGGGAUUUGGAGGAUUUAAUACACAGCAGCAGCAACAACAACAAACUACAUUAGGUGGUCUCUUUGGUCAGCCUACACAGGCUCCUGCCCAGUCCAACCAACUGAUAAAUACUGCAAGUGCUCUUUCUGCUCCAACGCUGUUAGGAGAUGAGAGAGAUGCUAUUUUGGCAAAAUGGAAUCAACUGCAGGCCUUUUGGGGAACCGGAAAAGGUUAUUUCAACAAUAACAUACCACCAGUGGAAUUCACACAAGAAAAUCCCUUUUGCCGAUUUAAGGCAGUAGGUUAUAGUUGUAUGCCCAAUAAUAAAGAUGAAGAUGGGCUUGUCGUUUUAGUUUUCAACAAAAAAGAAACAGAUAUUCGAAGCCAACAACAGCAAUUGGUAGAAUCAUUGCAUAAAGUUUUGGGAGGAAACCAGACCCUUACAGUAAAUGUAGAGGGUAUUAAAACAUUGCCAGAUGAUCAGACAGAAGUUGUCAUUUAUGUUAUUGAGCGUUCUCCAAAUGGUACUUCAAGAAGAGUCCCAGCUACAACACUAUAUGCCCAUUUUGAACAAACCAACAUAAAAACACAGCUGCAGCAACUUGGUGUAACCCUCUCUAUGACUAGAACAGAACUUUCUCCUGCACAGGUCAAACAGCUUUUACAGAACCCCCCUGCUGGUGUUGAUCCUAUUAUCUGGGAACAAGCCAAGGUGGAUAACCCUGAUUCUGAAAAGUUAAUUCCUGUACCAAUGGUGGGUUUCAAAGAACUUCUUCGAAGACUGAAGGUUCAAGAUCAGAUGACUAAGCAGCAUCAGACCAGAUUAGAUAUUAUAUCUGAAGAUAUUGGUGAAUUACAGAAGAAUCAAACUACAACUAUGGCCAAAAUUGCACAAUACAAGAGGAAACUCAUGGACCUUUCCCAUAGAACCUUACAGGUCCUAAUCAAACAGGAAAUUCAGAGGAAGAGUGGAUAUGCCAUCCAAGCUGAUGAAGAGCAGUUGCGAGUUCAGCUAGAUACAAUUCAGUGUGAACUAAAUGCACCUACUCAGUUUAAGGGCCGACUAAAUGAACUGAUGUCCCAAAUCAGGAUGCAGAAUCAUUUUGGAGCAGUCAAAUCUGAGGAAAGAUAUUACAUAGAUGCAGAUCUGUUACGAGAAAUCAAGCAGCAUUUGAAACAACAACAAGAAGGCCUUAGCCACUUGAUUAGCAUCAUAAAAGAUGAUCUAGAAGAUAUAAAGUUAGUAGAACAUGGAUUGAAUGAAACCAUCCACAUCAGAGGUGGUGUAUUUAGUUGACAGAUCACAAACUUGUGUUAAAGGUUCAUGAACUAUAUCUUCUUGCUACAUCAGGCCUUCCCUAAGAAUGAAACUGACCACAUGGAGGAAAAGGAAAGAAAAUUCUCUGCUGGCUUGGUUUUUGAGAAGGUUACUGACAAAUUAUUAUUCUUCAGAUUUGAAAUAAGUCACUUCACAGCUCUUCAAAGACAGCCUUCGGAAGAUUUAUAUCUAAAAGCUGUUACUUACUUUAAGAAGUACAUAAUUACCAAAAACGUACGAUUGUACAUUUUUACAACAGCAUUUUCUUAAAAAUAAUCAGUGUUUAAUGAUUAUUCUCCAUCCAGCCUGUACUCUACUUUCCAUAGCAAGUAAAUAUGCAAUAUCUACUUUGCACAUAAAAUGUAUGACUACCUGGCUGUUGGAGAUUAGUACUUCAGAAAAUAAAUGUACAUCAGUUUUUAUAUUUGUGAAUUCAUCUGUAGAAGGAGUAAAGAAAAUCCAAGAGUAUUUAAUGAUUAAUGUGGUUUUCAUUUCAUUCUAUAAAGAUUUGAAAAUAUAUUUUUAUAUUAUUUUGCUUAUUUGAAAUUUACAGAACACCUACGCAAUUAGGAUAUAACAAAAUUACAUUUUAUCAUUUUUGCAACUUUUGUUUCUUUAAACAUUUUUAUUUCUAAAAAUGAUGAAAACAAAUAAAUUCUUGAUUGUAAUUACUUUUCUAU